UCUUAGUCUCCCUAUUGUUAACUCAUCUUCCUUCUUUCUGUACGACUUCAAUUUCCGCUACUCUGUGCGAUGGAAGAAGUGAUGGACAUACCCCCAAUGGAGGCGAUGAACGAGGACUUCGAUCUCCCCGAAGACAAGGUGGGCGAGGAGAGAGAGAUCGGCAACAGUGGUCUCAGGAAGAAGCUCCUCAAGGAAGGUCAAGGUUGGGAAACCCCUGAAGUCGGCGACGAAGUCCAAGUUCACUACACGGGGACCUUGCUUGACGGGUCGAAAUUCGAUUCAAGCCGCGACAGGGAUGCUCCUUUCUCCUUCACGCUCGGACAGGGGCAAGUAAUUAAAGGAUGGGAUGAAGGUAUUAAAACCAUGAAGAAAGGUGAAAAUGCACUUUUCACCAUACCUCCUGAGCUAGCUUAUGGUGAAAGUGGUUCCCCUCCAACAAUUCCUCCUAAUGCAACACUCCAAUUUGAUGUUGAGCUUCUGUCUUGGACUAGUUUGAAGGAUAUAAGCAAGGAUGGCGGGAUAUAUAAGAAGAUAUUGACUGAGGGGGAGAAAUGGGAGAACCCCAAGGAUCUUGAUGAAGUAUUGGUUAAGUAUGAGGUUCAUCUGGAAGAUGGAAAGCUUGUUGCAAAGUCUGAUGGAGUGGAAUUCACUGUCAGAGAGGGUCAUUAUUGUCCUGCGUUGUCAAAGGCUGUUAAAACCAUGAAGAAGGGAGAGAAAGUGAUUUUGAAAGUAAAGCCACAAUAUGGAUUUGGUGUGAAGGGGCAGCCAGCACAUGGUGAUGAAGGUGCAGUUCCACCAAAUGCAACAUUGCAGAUUACGCUCGAGUUAGUCUCUUGGAAGACUGUGUCAGAAGUAACUGGUGACAAGAUCAUAAAGAAGAUCCUCAAGGAUGGAGAAGGAUUUGAGCGUCCAAAUGAGGGGGCCAUAGUGAAAUUGAAACUAAUUGGUAAGCUGCAAGAUGGUACUGUCUUUUUGAAAAAGGGCCAUGAUGAAGAAGAGCUGUUUGAAUUCAAGACAGAUGAGGAGCAAGUCAUCGAUGGUCUUGAUAGAGCUGUAAUGACUAUGAAGAAGAGUGAGGUAGCAUUGUUGACUAUUGCACCCGAGUAUGCUUUUGGUAUAUCAGAGUCCCAGCAGGAGUUGGCUGUGAUACCUCCUAAUUCAACUGUGUAUUAUGAAGUUGAACUAGUGUCAUUUGAGAAGGAGAAGGAGUCCUGGGAUCUGAACACUCAAGAGAAAAUUGAAGCUGCUGGUAAGAAGAAAGAAGAAGGGAAUGUGUUGUUUAAAGCUGGUAAAUAUGCUAGAGCUUCCAAAAGAUAUGAUAAGGCUGUGAAAUACGUAGAGUAUGAUACCUCGUUUAGUGAGGAGGAGAAAAAGCAGUCGAAGACCUUGAAGGUUGCCUGCAAUCUAAACAAUGCUGCUUGCAAGCUGAAGUUAAAUGACUUUAUAGAAGCGGAGAAAUUGUGUACCAGGGUGUUAAACCUUGAGAGCACAAACGUGAAAGCCCUCUAUAGAAGGGCCGAGGCAUUGAUGCAGUUAGCUGACUUGGAUUUGGCAGAACUUGACAUCAAGAAAGCUCUUGAGGUUGACCCUGACAACAGGGAAGUCAAGCUGCAGUACAAGACUUUGAAGGAAAAGGUAAAGGAGUUUAAUAAAAAGGAGGCGAGAUUUUAUGGAAAUAUGCUCAACAAGUUCACAAAGGCUGGGUCUUGAGAGCAAUGGCCGUGUAUUAAUAAAUAUGCACUCUUCUAUUUGGCAGGCAGAAUGUAAACGCAAAGCAAUAUUUAUAUGCAACAAGGAAAGUUGAGUCCCUGUUUUUAUUGGGUUUGAAUGUUGUUGUAUUAUUAAAAUGAGGAUGGACAUUCAUACAGUAUUUAAUAUCGAAUGGUAACAUAAUUGUUAGGCUUUUGGCAGCCAAUGUAAAACUCACAUAUAUCUUUAACAUAAUUGGCCUGGUUAAA